UACCUUCCGACCUCGCCAACCCAGCAACAUGUUGUCGAAGGUGGUGCUGUGUACACUGGCCGUCGUGGUGGCGUCUGUGCCACAGUACGGUCAAGCACCAUCUACUUCUUACGGUACUCCGAGUAGAGGCAGUGGAGGUGGAGGUGGAGGUGGUCCAGGUGGGGGAGGUUUUAGGGGCUCGUCCGGGUCAGGAUUUAGAGGGCCGACGCAAGGAGGUGUAGGAGGGGUGUCUGGAGGCUCUCAAGGUGGUGGAGUUCCUGGUAGUGGAAGCUAUAGAGGUGGAGCAGGAACUGGAGGUAUCGGGGGUGGAGCAGGAACUGGAGGCUUCGGAGGUGGAGCAGGAACUGGAGGCUUCGGAGGCGGAGCAGGAACUAGAGGCUUCGGUGGUGGUGCAGGAACUGGAGGCUUCGGAGGUGGAGCAGGAACUGGAGGCUUCGGGGGUGGUGCAGGAAGUGGAGGCGUCGGGGGUGGAUCAAGAAGUGGAAGCAUCGGAGGUGGAGCAGGUAGUGGAAGUGGAGGAUACGGAGGUGGAUCAAGAAGUGGAGGCUUCGGGGGUGGUGCAGGAAGUGGAGGCUUCGGAGGUGGAACAGGAAGUGGGAGCAUCGGAGGUGGAGCAGGAAGUGGAGGCUUCGGGGGUGGUGCAGGAAGUGGAGGCUUCGGAGGGGGAGCAGGAAGUGGAGGCUUCGGGGGUGCAGCAAGUGGAAGCUCUGCUAGGGGAAGCUACCAACCUUCAGGUCCUGUAGUCCCCAUCCUGAGAGACGAGCGUCAGGGACCUGAUGAGUUCGGCAACUACAACUUCGAGUUCGAGACUGGUGACGGCAUCAGUCGUCAUGAGCAGGGCGCCCCCCAGGGGGAGACUGGCGCCGUGGCGUCUGAGGGAGGAUGGUCGUUUACGUUCCCUGAUGGAACUCCCGCUGACUUCAACUUCGUAGCAGACGAGUACGGCUACCGCGUGGAGUCUGACCUGCUGCCCACGCCCCCGCCCCUCCCCGCCCACGCCAUCGCCCAGAUCGAGAAGGCUCGUCAGGAGGACGCCGCCGCGGCUGCUUCAGGUGGACGUGGAUCAUAUGGAGGCUCAACUGGCGGAGGCUUCGGAGGGUCAACUGGCGGAGGCUUCGGAGGCUCAACUGGUGGAAGCUCAACUGGUGGAGGCUUCGGAGGUUCAACUGGUGGAGGCUUCAGAGGCUCAACUGGUGGAGGCUUCGGAGGCUCAUCUGGUGGAGGCUUCGGAGGCUCAACUGGUGGAGGCUUCGGAGGCUCAACUGGUGGAGGCUUCGGUGGAUCAUCGAGCGGCGCUGGGGCCUCAUCAGGUGGAGGCUUUGGAGGCUCUUCAGUUGGAGGUGCAUCUGCUGGGGGUUAUGGAGGGUCUGGUAGUGCAGGAGGUUCAUCUGGAGGCUUCGGCGGCUCAACUGGAGGAAGCUUCGGAGGUUCACCCGGUGGAGGCUUCGGAGGCUCAACUGGUGGAGGCUUCGGAGGCUCAAGUGGUGGAGGCUUCGGGGGCUCAGCUGGUGGAAGCUUCGGAGGCUCAUCUGGUGGAGGCUUCGGAGGCUCUGGUGCGGCCAGCGCCCCUCGUCCUCAGACUCCCAGCAGGACCUACGGCGCCAACAUGAUCUCGGAGAGGCAGCGGAGGUUCUUCUGUUGGAGGCUUCGGGGGUGGAGGCUUCGGGGGUGGAGCAGCAAGUGGAGGCUUCGGGGGUGGAGCAGGAAGUGGAGGCUUGGGUGGAGCAGUGGAGGCUUCGGGGGUGGAGCAGGAAGUGGAGGCUUCGCAGGUGGAGCAGGAAGUGGAGGCUUUGGAGGUGGAGCAGGAAGUGGAGGCUUUGGAGGUGGAGCAGGAAGUGGAGGCUUCGGAGGAGGAGCAGGAAGUGGAAGCUUCGGGGGCUCAGCCAGUGGAAGCUCUGCCAGGGGAAGCUACCAACCUUCAGGUCCCGUAGUCCCCAUCCUGAAGGACGAGCGUCAGGGACCUGAUGAGUUCGGCAACUACAACUUCGAGUUCGAGACUGGUGACGGCAUCAGUCGUCAUGAGCAGGGCGCCCCCCAGGGGGAGACUGGCGCCGUGGCGUCUCAGGGAGGAUGGUCGUUUACGUUCCCUGAUGGAACUCCCGCUGACUUCAACUUCGUAGCAGACGAGUACGGCUACCGCGUGGAGUCUGACCUGCUGCCCACGCCCCCGCCCCUCCCCGCCCACGCCAUCGCCCAGAUCGAGAAGGCUCGUCUGGAGGACGCCGCCGCGGCUGCUUCAGGUGGACGUGGAUCAUAUGGAGGCUCAACUGGCGGAGGCUUCGGAGGCUCGACUGGUGGAGGCUUCGGAGGCUCAACUGGUGGAAGUUUCGGAGGAUCAACUGGUGGAGGCUUUGGAGGAUCAACUGGUGGAGGCUUUGGAGGAUCAACUGGUGGAGGCUUCGGAGGCUCAACUGGUGGAGGCUUUGGAGGAUCAACUGGUGGAGGCUUCGGAGGCUCAACUGGUGGAGGCUUUGGAGGCUCAACUGGUGGAGGCUUCGGAGGCUCAACUGGUGGAGGCUUCGGAGGCUCAACUGGUGGAGGCUUCGGAGGCUCAACUGGUGGAGGCUUCGGAGGCUCAACUGGUGGAGGCUUCGGAGGCUCAACUGGUGGAGGCCAUAGAGGUUCAACUGGUGGAGGCUUCGGAGGCUCAACAGGCGGAGGUUUCGGAGGUUCAACUGGUGGAGGCUUUGGAGGUUCUACUGGCGGAGGCUUCGGAGGUUCAUCUGGUGGAGGCUUCGGAGGCUCAACUGGCGGAGGCUUUGGAAGUUCAACUGGUGGAGGCUUCGGAGGCUCAACUGGCGGAGGCUUCGGAGGCUCAACUGGUGGAGGCUUUGGAGGGUCAACUGGCGGAGGCUUCGGAGGCUCAACUGGUGGAGGCUUCGGAGGCUCAACUGGUGGAGGCCAUAGAGGUUCAACUGGUGGAGGCUUCGGAGGCUCAACUGGCGGAGGCUUCGGAGGUUCAACUGGUGGAGGCUUCGGAGGCUCAACUGGUGGAGGCUUCGGAGGCUCAACUGGUGGAGGCCAUAGAGGUUCAACUGGUGGAGGCUUCGGAGGCUCAACAGGCGGAGGUUUCGGAGGUUCAACUGGUGGAGGCUUUGGAGGUUCUACUGGCGGAGGCUUCGGAGGUUCAUCUGGUGGAGGCUUCGGAGGCUCAACUGGCGGAGGCUUUGGAAGUUCAACUGGUGGAGGCUUCGGAGGCUCAACUGGCGGAGGCUUCGGAGGUUCAACUGGUGGAGGCUUCGGAGGCUCAACUGGUGGAGGCUUCGGAGGCUCAACUGGUGGAGGCCAUAGAGGUUCAACUGGUGGAGGCUUCGGAGGCUCAACAGGCGGAGGUUUCGGAGGUUCAACUGGUGGAGGCUUUGGAGGUUCUACUGGCGGAGGCUUCGGAGGUUCAUCUGGUGGAGGCUUCGGAGGCUCAACUGGCGGAGGCUUUGGAAGUUCAACUGGUGGAGGCUUCGGAGGCUCAACUGGCGGAGGCUUCGGAGGCUCAACUGGUGGAGGCUUUGGAGGCUCUGGUGCGGCCAGCGCCCCUCGUCCUCAGACUCCGAGCAGAUUCUACGGCGCCCCUUGAGUCUCUUCAUCCUAUAACUGUUGACAUGACUCUCUAAGACGCCUACCAUGAAGUCCUUCAGCACAAAUCCUUUCUCACUUUAUGUAUCCUUCAGUUGUGUUGGUAACAUCCUGCUGGGUCUUCCUCCUCCCACCACUGUCAUGUCAACACAGCCUCAUGUUACCCCGAGGCUCUGUUUACCUUACCGGAUAUAUCCACCAUACGCUUAUUACUUGUACUCUCUUACCUAUGAAAGAAAUAUAUUUUGCACAAAUACGA